AUGGCUUUCGAAUAUUUCGUUCCAACUUUGCUACAAUGCUUUGUCGUUAUCUUGUGUGGGUACUUGGCAGGUCGCACACGUAUAAUGAUGCCUAGUCAAGCCAUAGGUCUAAAUACGUUCGUUACCUACUUUUCUCUACCUGCAGUCAUCAUCCUCUCCAUUGCUACUAUCAAUCUGGAAUCUGUUCACUGGAAGCUACUGGGUGGUCUAAUGUUGUCCAAAGUCAUAAUCUUUAUUCUGGUUGCCGUCGGUACACUGCUUCUUUCUAAACCCAUCAACUUAGCAAUGGCUGGACUUUACGCUAUUUUCUGCACACAGUGCAACGAUCUUGGUAUCGGGAUUCCUAUUGUAUCAGCUCUUUACGCCACCACACAACCGCUGUUUCCUCGUUAUAUGUAUCUGCUGACACCUUUGACUUUGGCUCUCCUGAAUCCAGUCAGUUUCAUUCUUAUGGAAGUCGAAAAGAUUCGCCAGUAUAACAAACAGGAGGCUUUAGCUGCUGAUGAUGAUAAAAAGGAGAAGACAACCCAAGGCAUUCAGUCCUCAACCUUUCUUCAACAUGCCAAGCAUGUAUUUAAACUUAGUUGGAUCGUUGCUCUUGGAAUCAUUAAAAAUCCUGACUUCAGCCUUCUGUAUGGGGUUAUUCCACCUGGCACAACUGUCCUGUUAUUUGCUAAUCAGUACGGUUUGCCAACAGAUAUGAUGUGGGUAGGUGUAUACUUCUUAUACAUUAGACGAUGGAAACGAAUGCCUUACCCAGUAGCUCUGUGUCUGGCUGUUGCUCGGGCUAUUCUCGCUUUUGGCGUUUUUCUGUGGUCGUUAGUGAACCAAGAAACAAAAUGGAUAAUGUAUGCAAACUGGAUACUAAUUACUAGCGGUCAGUUUUCAAGCCGGCUCUGGACAGUUAUUCUGGCAUUUGCUUUAGUCCUUGUUGCUCAGCAUAAAAGUGACCAAGCAUCCAAGUUUCUUCGAUUCAUGCUUGUAGUUGGCUUUGGGAAAACUCAGAGUUUGGUGGUUAAUAUCUGGAAGAUACGAUCAGUAGAACCAUCUGGCUCUAGAAUGGGGAUGGAGUUUGUAGAAGCAGUCAUGAACUUUGGUCAGGGUUUCUUCUUAUUCAUAAUAUUUGGCCUUGACGUUCGAACUUUAAGUGCUUCACUUGUUAAAAGUUGGAGAAACUUACGAUAUGGUAAGGAAACUCCAGUGCUGCCACCUGUAGAUGAACUGGAUCAGGAGACUUGUCAUGUUUGCUAUCAGUUUGUUACAUACCAUUUUGAUAGCGUCAUACAACAAUUGCCGAAAGACAUCACCUGGAAGAAUCGCACCUUUAAAUCGGUGUUCAGUGGAAAACAGUUGGUCGACUGGUUGAUUAAAGUUGGCCUUGCCCACAAUUGCUAUGAAGCCGAGGAAUAUGGCCAGAAACUGCUUAAUGGAAGAGUAAUACGUCACAUUCGGGAUGCGCAUUACUUUUACGACUCCCCUUUUCUCUAUGAAUUCAUUCCACACGAACAUGAACAUUGAUAAUACUGAAAAACCUUGAAGUUUUAGAAGUCAUGUGUAUGUAUUUUAGGUAACAUGAUAACUAUUAUAAGCACACUUGUUGAAUUUUAUUACUAGAUAUUUAGCAUUUUGUAUGUGGCAGUAGUAUUUUUUAUA